CCCGUAACUCUCGAGCAUAAGAAUCAGUGUUGCAUUAUAGAACUCCACUAACCAACGCAGAUUCCACUCAUGCUUGCUUGUUAUUGCUUCUUUCUACUUCACAACUCAAUAAUCCCUACGAUUUUUGCAGAAAAAAGAUUCCCAGAUGGCCGAUCAUAAUCCUCCCGCCGCCGGCGCCGCCACCAAGGUUCCCGUUGACGGGAAGCGGAACAUACUCAUUACUAGCGCCUUGCCGUACGUCAACAACGUACCUCAUCUUGGAAAUAUCAUCGGCUGCGUGUUGAGUGCUGAUGUGUUUGCAAGGUACUGUAGAAUGAGGGGUUACAACUGCAUAUAUGUAUGCGGAACAGAUGAGUAUGGGACGGCGACUGAGACUAAGGCCAUGGAGGAGAACUGUUCUCCAAAAGAAAUUUGUGACAAAUAUCAUGCCAUUCAUAAAGAAGUAUACGAGUGGUUCAAUAUAAGCUUUGAUGAGUUCGGACGUACAUCAAGUUUUAAGCAGACUGAAAUUUGCCAUGCAAUUUUCAAGAAACUGUUGGAGAAUAAUUGGCUUUCUGAAAACACGAUGCAGCAGCUUUUCUGUGAUAAAUGUCAAAGAUUUUUAGCUGAUCGGUUUGUGGAGGGCAAUUGCCCAACACCGGGUUGUAAUUAUGAUUCUGCACGUGGAGAUCAAUGUGAAAAGUGCGGGAAGCUAUUAAAUCCGACUGAACUACUGGACCCAAGAUGCAAGGUCUGUCAGAAUACUCCACAUAUUCGUGACACAAAUCACCUUUUUCUCGAGCUUCCCCUGUUGAAGGACAAAUUAGAGGACUAUAUCAACAGCAUGUCAGUGGCUGGAGGAUGGAGUCAGAAUGCUAUCCAAGCAACACAUGCUUGGCUUAGAGAAGGGCUGAAAGCACGGUGUAUUACAAGAGACUUGAAGUGGGGAGUCCCUGUCCCACUUGAGAAAUUCAAAGACAAGGUUUUCUAUGUAUGGUUUGAUGCACCUAUUGGAUAUGUCUCAAUCACUUCCUGCUACACAACUGAGUGGGAAAAAUGGUGGAAGAAUCCUGAAAAUGUUGAGCUUUAUCAAUUUAUGGGCAAGGAUAAUGUGCCUUUCCAUACUGUAAUGUUCCCAUCCACUCUUCUUGGAACUGGUGAAAACUGGACUUUGAUGAAGACCAUCAGUGUUACAGAAUACUUGAACUAUGAAGCAGGGAAAUUCUCUAAGAGUAAAGGUGUUGGAGUUUUUGGAAACGAUGCAAAAUAUACGAAUAUUCCUGUAGAAGUAUGGAGGUACUAUUUGCUGGCAAAUAGGCCAGAGGUAUCGGACACAUUGUUUACAUGGACUGAUUUGCAAGCAAAGUUGAACAGCGAGUUGCUGGGCAAUCUAGGAAAUUUCAUCAAUCGAGUCUUGAGUUUCAUAGCAAAAGAACCUGGUUCAGGAUAUGGCUCCAUCAUUCCUGAUGCUCAGGGUGCAGAGUCACAUUCAUCAACAAAGGCAUUAGGAGAAAAAGUUGGCAGUUAUGUUGAGCUGUAUAUAGAAGCAAUGGAACAGGUGAAACUAAAGCAAGGCUUGAAGAUGGCUAUGUCGAUUUCAAGUGAAGGAAACGCUUAUUUGCAAGAGAGCCAAUUCUGGAAGCUUUACAAGGGAGAUCGAGCUUCAUGUUCUGUCAUUAUGAAGACAUCAGUCGGAUUAGUAUAUCUCCUUGCAUGUCUCUUAGAACCUUUCAUGCCAUCCUUUUACCGCGGGGUACUUGCACAGCUCAAUUUGCCUCUUGACCUUCAAGUUUCACUUUCUGAUGGUGAUGUUGAAAGGGCUAAAAGACCCUGGGAGAUUCUACCUGCUGGUCAUAAAAUUGGAAAUCCAGCACCAUUGUUCAAAGAAAUGAAAAGGGAAGAAGUUGGGUUAUUCAGAGAGAAAUUUGCUGGAAGUCAAGCUGAUAGGAUUGCAAAAGCAGAAGCUGAAGCAAAUAAAACUGCUGAUAAACUGGAGGAAACAAAAAUCUCAGGGGCAUCUUAAUUGGGAGAAGUAUGCAAUGGAAGAGAAGGAAAUCUCAUCAAUGACAGAAAAAAAUUGGUUUAUGUGCAAUUAUUUUUACUGAAAAUACUGAUCUUCCAUGUAAUCUUAUUUCAUCUUUGAAGCUAAUGAUUUUAUCUACUUGUACUGAAGGGGAGAAAGAUGGAUAAUAUAGUUUUUGUUCAGUUCGUAGAUUCCAUUAAUUGAUUUUAAAAUCCUGA